CUCCUUACUUUCCCCCUUCCCUCCGCCUCCUCUCCUCCCUCCCGCUCUUGGGAAAGAGAAGCUACAGCUGCGGGUGGGUAGAGAAGCACUCGGAGCCUCCGGGAGGGGACCGCGCCCGCUCCUUUUGAGCCCCAGAGCAUGCCCGUUCCAGGAGGACAGUUGAGGCCAGUACACUUUUGACUCAAUGGGGCUGAAUGGGUUACAAAAUGUCCUCCUAUGCUUGAGACCUACAGACUACAUGUCCUACAGGAACUAAUCAAUGGUUUUUCAUCUCCUGGAGAUACAUUAGAAACAUAAAUAUGGUGCCAAAAGAACUUCUUAUAUUUCUCUGACUACGGUUUAUUUGGACAUACUUUUGUAUUGAAGAGAGGUAUACACACUGAGGCUACUCGUUAUACAGAGACUUUGUCGUGUAGGAUCAUGGACCAUCCUAGUAGGGAAAAGGAUGAAAGACAACGGACAACUAAACCCAUGGCACAAAGGAGUGCACACUGCUCUCGACCAUCUGGCUCUUCGACAUCCUCUGGGGUUCUUAUGGUAGGACCCAACUUCAGGGUUGGCAAGAAGAUAGGGUGUGGGAACUUCGGAGAGCUCAGAUUAGGUAAAAAUCUCUACACCAAUGAAUAUGUAGCAAUCAAACUGGAACCAAUAAAAUCACGUGCUCCACAGCUUCAUUUAGAGUACAGGUUUUAUAAGCAGCUCGGCAGUGCAGGUGAAGGUCUCCCACAAGUGUACUACUUUGGACCAUGUGGGAAAUACAAUGCCAUGGUGCUGGAGCUUCUUGGCCCUAGCUUGGAGGAUUUGUUUGACCUCUGUGACCGGACAUUUACUUUGAAGACAGUGUUAAUGAUAGCCAUCCAGUUGCUAUCUCGAAUGGAAUAUGUGCACUCAAAGAAUCUCAUUUACCGAGAUGUCAAGCCAGAGAACUUUCUGAUUGGCCGACAAGGCAAUAAGAAAGAGCAUGUUAUACACAUUAUAGACUUUGGACUGGCCAAGGAAUACAUUGACCCUGAAACCAAAAAACACAUACCUUAUAGGGAGCAUAAAAGUUUAACUGGAACUGCAAGAUAUAUGUCCAUCAACACGCAUCUUGGCAAAGAGCAAAGCCGUCGAGAUGAUUUGGAAGCCCUAGGCCAUAUGUUCAUGUAUUUCCUUCGAGGCAGCCUACCCUGGCAAGGACUCAAGGCUGAUACAUUAAAAGAAAGAUAUCAAAAAAUUGGUGACACCAAAAGGAAUACUCCCAUUGAAGCUCUCUGUGAGAACUUUCCAGAGGAGAUGGCAACCUACCUUCGAUAUGUCAGGCGAUUAGAUUUCUUUGAAAAACCUGAUUAUGAGUAUUUACGGACCCUUUUCACAGACCUCUUCGAAAGGAAAGGCUACACCUUUGACUAUGCCUAUGACUGGGUUGGGAGGCCUAUUCCUACUCCAGUAGGAUCAGUUCAUGUAGAUUCUGGUGCAUCUGCAAUAACUCGAGAGAGCCACACACACAGGGAUCGGCCAUCACAACAGCAGCCUCUUCGGAAUCAGACUGCAUCGUCAGAGCGCCGAGGAGAGUGGGAAAUCCAGCCCAGCCGGCAGACCAAUACCUCAUACCUGACGUCUCACUUGGCUGCAGACCGCCAUGGGGGAUCAGUGCAGGUGGUUAGCUCAACCAAUGGAGAGCUGAAUGUUGAUGACCCCACAGGAGCGCACUCCAAUGCACCAAUCACAGCUCAUGCCGAGGUGGAGGUAGUGGAGGAAGCUAAGUGCUGCUGUUUCUUUAAGAGGAAAAGGAAGAAGACUGCUCAGCGCCAUAAGUGACCAGUGCCUCCUAGGAGUCCUCAGGCCCUGGGGACUCUUGACUUGAUUGCACCUGCAGCUCCUGCCAUUUCUCAUUGGAAGGGACUCCCCUGUAGGGGAGGGUGGAGAUCCAAACCAAAAAGAAGAAAACAGAUGCCCCAGAAGGAGCCAGUGCGGGCAGCCAGGGCCCAGUGGGUCAGUUGCUGUCUCCGCCUGUCUGAGGCUCUGAGCAGGUCCCAGAGCUGCUGCUCCUCCACUGCUUGCCCUUGGGGCUACCUGGUUGACUCUCCUUCCCAUUGUUUACAGUGAAGGUGUCAUUCACAAAAACUCAAGGACUACUAUUCUCUUCCCUCCCCUUCUACUUUACUCCUGGUUCUUGCCCCACCCUCAACCCUCUCCAGCAUCAAAGCUAGUGAGCUAAAUGCUGUGUCUGUAAUAGGAGCUCAAGAGGCUGGGGGUGUGGCCAAGAAGGUAGCAGGAAGAUGCAGCCUGGUCCCAGAAGAUCUUCUCCAUUUCCCAGGAGUGCCUGGCAGUAUGGCUUCCUCUCCCUCUGAGCAGCCUACAACCCAGCUGGCCUUAGGGUUCAGGUUUCUUCUUCCCUCCCUCCUUUGAAGUUACACUGUAGGACACAAGCUGUGAGAAAUCUGCAGUCUACUGUCCCCAUGUGUUGGUGUUCUUAGCUUUUUUGACAAACAAAUUCCUUUCUCCAGGCAGUAGCAGGACAUGCAAAUUGUUCUGAGCAAAGGAAAGAAAACUGACUUUAUUGCACUUUUAGUUUUGUUUUAGUUUUUUUUUAACAAAAAAAAAAGAAAGAAAGAAAGAAAAGAAAACAUGGCAGAUGCAUAUUGUAUCUGUUUUUUGAGGGGGUUUUGACUUUUUUUUCUGUUUUGAGGGGGAUGGACCAGCGAAGCCAUUCAGAGAAAAUGUGGGUCCAGAGGACAUUCUCAAUGGAAACAGUUUGAUCAGCAGCACCCAGAAGAGAAGCCAAACUCUGUGUCAUUCUGAGUGAAUACUCAGGUUGGCAAGAAAACAUACUUGAAUUUUAUUCAUCUUCUCAGCUGCUGAAGAAUGUCCCUACCAGAGCCUCUUUACCUAAUCAGCCUGCAGUUUGAAAUCCUAGCUCUCCAGGAUGGAAUGAGCAGCAAGUCAGACCGUGACCAGGAGACAGUUCAUCCCAGUGAAGGAGAUGCUUAACAAAAAAAUAUCUGAAAUGUCUGUUUCCUCCACUGCCAGGGACUUCCUAUUAUAGCCAUGUGACUUUUUGGUGACAGGAUUAGUGAUUAAACAGCCACCUCUUUAUUGCCACUAUUGGACAAAAAGAAGACAGUGAACCUGCCUUCCAAAUGCCAGAGAAGCCUCAGGAUGUGGCAUCAUAGGGCCAGGAAAAGCAAAUGAUAGUGUGUCCUGUCUGCCCCAGUGGCUGAGUUAUAGCAUUUGGUCUGGACUGCCUUAUCAGAAACCAAGCCCAUGAAGUUCUUUUUGAGCAGGUCCAUAGUAGCAGGCUUAGAACUCAGUGCAUGGGGAUGCAGUGAAAACGAGGGUAAGAUUGUUUGGUGCUGGAAAAUUCCAGGAAAAAGGGGCCUGAAUGAAAUGUCUAAAAUUAUAUUCUCAAUGGGAUAUAGACUCCUUCCAGAUAAGAUAGUCGAGCAUAUAAGCUUGUAUUCCCAGUACACCCUCUACCUCCCACCUCCCACCAUGAUCUAGUCACGUGACUUAUUACCAAAAAGCAUCUAGGUUUCUCAUCCUCUGUUUGAAAAGUUAAUGUGUGAAGUUAAUCUUCCCAUGUUAGAUUUUCAUUCAAGUUUAGUGGCUUUUCAAAUGACUCCUCUUCCCAAAUGUGACAGAAGAGAAAGGGUGAUACCAGGGAAAGUGGUCUUGAUCUGGGAGUAAAGAGCUAACCGUGAAGAAUAAUGGCGAAUGACUUGGUGUGGUGAUUUGUGGUGCAAACCACAGAAAUCUUCACCUCCUGGCUUGAGGUGUAGGGGCUGUUUUUUGGACUGGAAUUGCGGGGAUUCUGGUAGUUGGUAUUUCCUGACAAGUCCCUUGAUGUACCCCAUGUGGAGCAGAGAUAGCAGCAUUCACAUGAAUCAGACUUACUGGGCUUCACCUCUUCCAUUAGACCUUGGCUAAGGAAAAACAUUUCACUGGCUUCAAACCUGCUUAAUUUAUGUAAAGAUUGUAAUCUCUCAUUUCUUGAAAAGAAAUGUUACUGUAUAUGAAACAGAGUGGCAGGGAGAGGCAGUGUCUAUACCCAUUUCCCACAAAGAUUUUGAAGAUUGGGGUAUACUUCCUUGCCAUUACCUAGCCCAUCACUAAAAUUUAGUCUCUCAUUUGGUAUUUGAGCAACUCUAACUUCCUGUACAGAAAAUUUAACUUCUUCGCCCCUGUAUAGAAAUGCCUUACCUCUCAAGGGAGGGCAGGGGAAAUAGUGGCAAAGCCUGGAGCAUCUGGGCACACUGUAUCCCACAAAGUGCCUCCCCCACCCCACUUCCACAAAACAGCUUGGCUGCAGGGCAGGCUGCCUUUACAGCUGGGUCUGUGGCUUUUUUUUGUCUUAAAAUUUUUUAUAGGCUAGCUCUUGAGGGGUUGAACCUGAGCAGUUGGCGGUGGGAGGGUGUUGUGGGGGGGGGUCCUUCCUGAUGCACUGUUCUCACCCUCUAGCCCCCAUAAAGCACUUAGAUAUUGGUUUCUGAAGAACCCCAGGUCCCUUUAGCAUGCAGGGUAAUGGUGAUCCUUCCAAGGCUAUGACACUCCAAGGUGGUCCCAGACCUGAGAGAUUCUAUUAUUCCCUAAGAAAAACAAACCAAAACAAAAACUGAAUAACCAAGAAGCAAUUUGGCCAUCAGUUCCAGCCUUGCUGGUUGCUGCAGUUUGGCUUUAUGUCUCAGCCAGAUCCUUAAAGGAUAGUCACUCCUUCCCUAUCUCCCACACCCUCCAAAUCCACUUGUUCUAAAUUUUUUUUUUUUUUUCUGGUUCUGGGGAUUGAACCCAGGGCCUUAUGCACGCAUGCAAGGCAAGUACUCUACCAACUGAGCUAUAUUCCAAGCCCUUGUUCUGAAGUUUUUAACUUUUCUCCUUUUCACUCACAGCUAUGAUGCCAGAGGCCAUUUUCUUUGGGAUUGAUGCAGUUUUUUCCCCCUUAAAGCUAACUGAACAUCUGUUCAUAAAAACGCAUUUAAGAGUUAUCAGCCAGGUGCAGUGGUGCACUUCUGUAAUUGCAGCCACUUGGGAGGCUGAACCACGAGGAUCACAGGUUCCUGGCCAGCCUGGGCAACUUAGACCCUGUCUCCAAAAGGCUGGGAGUUUACCUCAGUAGUUGGGUGCCCCUGAGUUCAGUCCCAGGAGUUCUCUCAAGCUCUCCUCAGACACUGUAGCCUGAGUGGAUCAAGUCAAUCAGGCAGGAUUCCACUAAGUGUGCUCUACUUGUGACUGGACCAGGACUUGUUCCUGUGCAAGCUAAUCAUGUAAGGGGGAGUGAGUGUCCCAGCAGCCAGCAUGCGUUCAUGACUACCUUAAUUAACAUUCUUCUUGGGGUCUGAAUGGUGUAAACAGGGUCUAGGAAGGUAUAAAUUGGGUGCCUAGGUUAGCCUUCCAUUAAAAUUGCAUUUUACUUUGGAAUGGGUGAGCUGCAGGAGACCAGAGAGAUCCUGAGGUUUCUAACAGAAGUGUUAGUUUCCUGUUUAUUUUCAGUGAACUCCAAGCACAUAGAAAUAGUCCCUGCUCAUUGGCCAAAUGGGGUUUCCAUCAGCCCUAAAGGAAUUUCCAACUUACUUCACUGGAAAUGUAUGCUGGUAGUGCUUUUUUCAGUGUUAGUAACAGCCUUUAAUGCCAGAAAUCUACAGUAUGCUAAAAGUGGUUACUAAUGAACUUCGCCUUAACUUUUUGUCAAUGAAAAAGAUAUAAUCCAUUCCACCUCUCCAUGAGCAAGCAUGGCCUGCAUUUCUCAAAAAUAAGAAAAGGCAUCCUAGAAAGCAUCUCCUCAAAAGAACUUGAUAUUUCUUCUUAAGCAUCUCUCCCAAACCUACAUGCCUCCUGUGUCCUAGCCAUCCCUUCCAUUUUCAUAUUUAAGCCAGUUUUCCAUUCUCAUUGAGUUACCCUGACACUGUUGUCUCUAGUGUCAGAGCCAUGCUAAGGCUUAACUUUCUCCGAUUGGGAGUUUGCAGGGCCAAGUAGCCAGCAUUGCCUUUGCUAGGCCACUGCCAUCAUUGCCCCAAGAUAUGCUGAUGAAUUCCAGAGACCCUUAGGGAGCCAGGAUAACAGGUACUCUGUCUGGAUUGGCCCAUGUGGGUGACAGGCACUGGGGUUCUUGGCUUAGCAGACUAGGGAAGUCCCAUGUAGAGGUUGAUAGCAGCAACUCCUGUGAUGGGCUGUUAGGAAUCAAAUUAGGAUUCCUUUGGGUUGGGGUGUUUUGUUUUUUGAGGGGAGAAGGUUGGUUCAUGUUUCUGCAUAAGAAAAAGAAGUAACUAUGGCCCCUCUGUGGUUAUAUAGUUUUUGAGCAGUGUUUUAGCCACCAGUCGUGAGAGUCUGACCCAGUAAGCAAUCUUAAAAAAUGUUUUUCCUGAUUCCUUUUGCAGGUGAGUAAAUGCAAAAGAAUAGGUUUCUCAUUGUAUUCUGAAUAGUAAGUAGGUCCCUGAACAUAGGUAAUAUAGUUGACAUAUUUCUUAAAAACCAACCAUAAAAUCCACUCCAGUAUUUGUAGAUCAGCAUACAAAGCAAAAAGUAAACAUGUACUCCAUUUUUUUUUUGAUUACCAAAUUUGAUGUCACAAAGAAACCUCAGUUGUGUGGACAGAGUUUCAUUUUUUCCUCUUUUAUUCACAGUCACUUGCUAGUGCCAUUACCACCUUCAAGGUCUCAGAGCAGAGAAUUAUUCACAGUAAUAAAUGGGGGUACAGUGCAGUCAUUCCAGUAACCUGAACAAGAGGACCACUGUCCCAACUGCCCCCAAGCCCCUCUUUCAGGAUAGGUGAGACAUUUUCAGUGUUCUCUUCAUGAGCUCCAGACCAAAUCCCAGGCCAGCCCUUGCACCAAAAGGCUUUUUGGAAGGCUUAUCAAUCUGUUAGGAAUGUUUCAGGAAAGAUGAGCCAUUUCUUUGGGGGGAAAUAUAUUUACAGAUGGGCGUGUGUGAUUGCAUGUGUGUGUGCUCAUCUGUAUGCAUUUCACUUUCAUAAAGUCUCACCACCCGGGCUGCUGGGAACCUUGUGUUCCUGGGUAUUCUCAGAGGUAAAGCCAUAGAGAGCUUGUAAAAUCAGUGUCUCAGCAAGCUGGCUCUGGGAAUGAGCCCCAUUUAUCAAGCAGAAGAGUAACAGCAGAGAAGAUAAGAGAUGAAACCAAAAAUAUAAACUUCCCCCCAAUGGAAAAUAAUGUUGAUUCAGCAAUUCCCACUGAAGAUAUUACAUACUCUAAUUUAUUAUAUUAUUAUUUGUCUGUUUCUUCAAUCUUUGCCCAUUGUACUCUUAAAAAGAUGUUGGGAUGUUGAUUGCAAUUUUUUUAACUAGAUAAUGUAUAAAUCAGCUGAGGAAAUGAGUUUUAAUUGAUGUGUGAAGGUGUAUGAAUAUUAAAUGCCUUGUUUUUUUACUUUUUUUAAGUAUGUAAUGUUUCAUAAAUCCUGGCACUGGUUGCAAAGCUCAGCUGUGAAGAUGAAACUUGUAGUAUUUUAAACAUGAAUGUCAAUUUCAAAAUGUAUUUGAAAUGGUUCCUUCGAGAGAUUUGUAGACCAUUGGGGAAAACUCCUCUGCAGAGGAAGUAGCCUUCUUUGGAGAAAAUGGAAAAUGGGUCCUGAUAAUGUUGUCUCGGAGUGGCCCAUUUUCUAGGGCACCAUGGAAAACACAAAUGUGAUCUUUAAGUAUACCUCUUUCCCAGUUUGGGGAGGAAAGGACUCAGUUUGCACCCUUUUUGUAUGUAAAAUAAAAUGUCUUACCUUUCUUGACUA